UUAUCAGUGAGGUGUCAGUAUUUUCCGAACGUGACGGGAUUUUUGGGUGUGGAUCGUGCGAUUUCCUGUUUCGCCGGCUGUCGCGGGGAGUUUAGUAGCGCGAGCGCGAGCGCCAGGCGGGCCAUCGUCGUGGAUGUGGUGCGGCACACGUGUCACGGGGAACCACGGGUGCGUGCAAGCAGAAUCAGAGGGAUAGUUCCGCUGUUUAGUACAAGAAAACAACAGCCACGAUGCCGAAGUCGAUGAACGUGAGGGUGACGACGAUGGACGCGGAGCUGGAGUUUGCGAUCCAGCAGACAACUACGGGGAAGCAGCUGUUCGACCAGGUCGUCAAGACGAUCGGGCUGCGCGAGGUGUGGUUCUUCGGUCUCCAGUACACCGACAACAAGGGCGACCUUACCUGGAUCAAGCUCUACAAGAAGGUGAUGAGCCAGGAAGUCAAGAAGGAGACUCCACUGCAGUUCAAGUUUCGUGCAAAAUUCUAUCCCGAAGACGUCGCCGAGGAACUGAUACAAGACAUUACGCUGCGACUUUUUUACCUCCAGGUGAAGAACGGUAUUCUCACGGAUGAAAUAUAUUGCCCACCGGAAACAUCCGUUCUGUUGGCUUCGUAUGCCGUUCAAGCGAGACAUGGAGACUAUCAGAAGGGCAACCAUCCCGCUGGCUUCCUGGCGAAUGAUCGGCUGUUACCACAGCGCGUUGUGGACCAACAUAAAAUGAGCAAAGAGGACUGGGACAGCUCUAUUACGAAUUGGUGGCAGGAACAUCGUGGUAUGCUGCGAGAGGACGCCAUGAUGGAGUAUCUGAAAAUUGCUCAGGACUUAGAGAUGUAUGGUGUGAAUUACUUUGAAAUUCGCAACAAGAAGGGCACAGACCUUUGGUUGGGUGUGGAUGCUUUAGGUUUGAACAUCUAUGAGAAGGACGAUAAGCUUACGCCGAAAAUCGGCUUCCCCUGGUCCGAGAUACGGAAUAUCUCGUUCAACGAUAAGAAAUUCAUAAUCAAGCCAAUCGACAAGAAGGCACCGGACUUUGUAUUUUUCGCCGCCAGAGUCAAGAUUAACAAGAGAAUUCUUGCGCUAUGCAUGGGCAAUCACGAGCUUUACAUGCGCAGACGUAAGCCGGACACGAUCGACGUGCAGCAGAUGAAGGCUCAAGCUAGAGACGAAAAGAUGGCGAAACAGCAACAGAGAGAGAAACUGCAACUGGAGAUAGCUGCCCGAGAGCGUGCGGAGAAAAAACAACAAGAAUAUGAAGAGAGGCUAAGAAACAUGGCCGAGGAAAUGGAUAGGCGGCAGGCUGAGUUGAACGAAGCUCAGGAAAUGAUUCGGCGCUUGGAGGAACAGCUGAAACAAUUGCAGGCUGCCAAGGAAGAGCUAGAGAAUCGCCAGAAAGAAUUGACAGUGAUGAUGGAAAAGUUAGAACUGUCGCACGAGAUGGAGGCUGCGGAGCGCGCUAAACUCGAGCAGGAGAUAAGAGCCAAGCAGGAGGAGGUACAACGCAUACAAUCCGAGGUGGAGGCUAAGGACGCGGAAGCUAGGAGAUUACAGGCCGAGUUCGAAGCUGCCAAACUGAGACAAGAAGAAGCUGACCGACAAUAUCAGGCCAAUCAGACUCCGCAUCAUCAUCAUGUCGAGGAGAAUGAAGAGGGCGAAGAGGAAGGUGAAGACGAGGUUCCUCAAGGAGAUGUUACUAAGGACCUCGCGACUGAUGAGUCAAUAAUCGAUCCUGUCGAAGAGCGACGCACUUUAGCAGAGAGAAAUGAACGUCUCCACGACCAAUUGAAGGCAUUGAAACAAGAUCUUGCCCAGUCACGUGACGAAACCAAGGAGACGGUGAUGGAUAAGAUUCACAGGGAAAACGUGCGCCAAGGCCGCGACAAGUACAAGACACUUCGCGAGAUUCGCAAAGGAAACACCAAACGCCGCGUUGAUCAGUUCGAGAACAUGUAAAUUAAUGUGCGUGCAUCUAAUCACUUACCUUAUACAUGUCCUUUCCUACCUUCAAUUUUUCACCUGACUUUGCGAAAGCGGAGAAUGCAGUAAAAUGCUAACGAUAACGAAAAGAGAAAAAGAGAAGGCGAUUAAUAGAAGAUAAGACAGGGAGAGAAAUAGAGAGAAGUAUAGAUUCUACAAUCAAUGUAUAAAUAGAAUAAUUUGAAUAACAACAGACAUAUAUAUUUCCGAUCAAUUAAACUUCAAUCUUUCUCAACAUUUGCGCGAAUGACAACCGUGAUUAUCGUAUAACGAGAAUUAUGAGCAAUAUUCCACGUUAGUUUGAUGACGAUUCUAUAUCUUCACGCAAAACCGAUAAUCAAAGCUCUCACCUUUUUUUGGUGAGAAACGCGACGAGAGCGAGUGACUCGCGUCGUCUUCCACGUAUACUUCCAUGUUAACGCUGCACGAUUGGCGGAAUCGUCACAUGCCUCAGGAGCGCGAGUAAAUUUUCUCGCUACUUCGCGCAGAAGUGCCUUGCUUGUGAAACUGAUAGUUCCCCCUUACUUUAACUGUCUCCUAGUAGCAAAAACUAAGUUCUGAAUAUUAUUAUUACUCUAAUAAUUUAGCGUAACGAUAUUAUCAUUCUGGUUUCAACAAGAUAAAAAGCACUUUGCGCCCAAGUGACAAGAAAAUUUUCGGUAUUGAAUCAGUCCGUUACCGUUACUUAAACCUUUUUCUGCGCAUCGAUGGACCCAAUAUCUCGAUCACCGAGGUACCAGUAUUGGUCUCGCCUCACAAUAAGUAUUACUGCCGGUCAUUUAUUCGUAUCGCAAGAUGCCGAUCCUUCGCCGCUGAUUAUCUACCGGUGUCCUCCUAUCCGUCACGUUCUUAUCGCGCCGUCACGUACUGUCCGUCCUUGAUAAUAAGGAUUCGCUUUCGAGAAGCCCUCAAACGCUAUGACUAUCACUCGCAUCUCGGCCGAUGUGUCGCGACGGCAAUCGCGGUCGUUACCUGUUUACGGGCGGUUUUUUUCUAUUUUGUACGCUUAAUUCGGGCCAUAUUUAUAGACAGAUUGUACGUUCGGAAAAGCUGCUCGACAGCCGCUAGUUGACCGGCGAUAUCUAAGUUAGGUACUAACGUCGAACACCGACUAUAGAGGAAUCGAGAUAAGGCACGUGGCUCAUAUUGUAUCGAGUUAGAUAGAAAUUUAGGCGUAAUCCACCUUGAAGUUCGUAUUGGGAAGCGACCGUUUCGAGCAAGGGGACAUCUCACGACAUCCAAUUUUAUUUGUUUUUUAUAUUAGCCUAGAGUCUUCUUGAACAAUAUUACUUAUUGGUUAAGUAUCUCGUGUAUAUGUUCAGAGGAAAUCUUGGUAAUUCUAUGCGAACAGAUAUGAAUCUUCAAAUCUAUUCUUUUACAAAAUUCAAUACUUCAAUUUACCCAUUUCCAAAAUUUCAAAUGUCUCGGUCGUCGUUUGUAAAUCGCAUGUCGCAGUUGUCCCCUCGCGCAUCACAUGCGAAUCACUAUUGCGGCACAAUCUGUCACUCCGGAUUAAUAAACGUAAGCGAUUCAACACGAUGGCAUGGCCUAUUACUGGUAAAAUCGUACCGAACUAUUUUCGUACGAGCGAAUUUCGAUGACACUUUAGCGAUUUUAUAUUGAACACACUCGUGGCCUUUACUUGAUAUACAUAUAAGUAUAUAAAUAAAUAUAUAUAUCGAAGUACUAUAAGAGUAGUACUAAUAUAAUGACUAGCCGAGAGAGAAAGAAAUGUAAGGAUAUCGCGCCAUAUAGAGAGAAUUUGUUCUGCAUACCUUCAACAUAAGGUUGAACCGCGCGGUACUCGCCGAAUGGCUUUAGCUACCAAGAUUUCCGAAAGAAUGAAGGAACGAGUGCGAGAGAGGGAGAGAAUGUGAUAAGGGAAAUAAUUAACCGUGUGAAAGAGAGUGAGAGAGAGGCCAAGUGAUAGAGAAAACACAUUUAUGGCAAUCAUAUGCCAUUGUAAUUUUUAAAAUCUUUCGCCUUAAGAGAAUAUUCUGUAUACAACGGGAUUACAACUAACGAAAACUCGAACCUCGAGACGCUGCCAAUUUUUCAUAUGACGGAAUGCAAAACGAAGAGCGAUAGCGGUGUGAUACCGAUGAGGCGUAUGUGUGUGAGCUUUACGUAGAAGAGAAGAUCGCGAAGUAAUGUAAACGAUCGCGCCGUAUCACGAAAGAGUUUGUGUACUUUGCUACAUUACUAUCAUUAUCCGCGCGUUACAAUAAUAUGCGCGAAGCAGAAAGGAGGAAAAAGUACAGGAGUAUAAUAAUGCGAUAGAUAUUUUUUGAUUAUAUUUAAUAUUAAAAAUUUACAAAUUAGUAGUGUUAUAUUAUUAAUAUUAAUGUUUACAAUUUAGUAGCGUUAUUAUUAUUUUAUUAUUAUUAUGCAGGUAAUAUUGAACGAGAACUAAAGCAUUUUAUAGUCGUCAAUUUAUACUCUUAAGAUAAUCCAGCACGUAGAUUUGGUCGUAGUUUACGGUAAAAAAAAAAUUUACAGAGAUACUUGAAUAAUGAUCCAAUCUUUUUAUUCAAAUUAUGCUUAGUUGCUUUUUUUAAAUCUUUUCGAUCUGCCUGCGGAUUUGUAGGGAAAUUUUUUCUACAAGCUAAUACAGUGUAUUCGAGAUUUGUGAUUUGAUAAGAGUUAUUUCCAAAUUUUUUAAAUUCUUUCCAUUUAAUAGUGUACAGAUUUGUGACCAAAUAUACGUGUGAACGAAAUGAGAAGCAAAAUUAUUACUAAUUAAAGAGAUAACAUUUUGAUAAUCGACGAACGAAUGAUAGGCGAGAACAAACUUGAAAGUUCAUCUCGAUACUCUUUGGCGAUUAAACGCUUUGGCGAAACCGAUGAAUUUUUAUUGAGACAUUCCAGAUAAAAAUUUCCCGAAAAGAGCUUUUUUCCCCCCUCGAUUUACUCGACAUUCGAUUCGAACUCUCGAUUUGGAGAUCGCACCUUGACCUUCUUCCUCUCUUCGCAAAAUUUCGUGCUUUCACUUGUUCCCUAGAGCGUACUUUUAAUUCUAGGAUGCUAAAUUAUUUAUAAAUCAUACACGAAGUCAAUUUAAACGUAUAUAGAAACGAACUCUCGGUCGUUUCACGAUUCAUUUAUCACAACUAUCUUUUAAAUUGGAAUGUAAUGCGAAUUAAAACUGGGUUUGCCCAAUCGGCGUGAAGCGAUAUUUAGAUCUUUUGGAAAUAAAAAGAUCUCAGAUCUCGACGAUUCGAUGUCUGGGAAAUUUCAACGAGAAGAAUGGUCCGUUUAGAGUCACUUUUCUCGAAGGAUCCUUGAAGCGCAUCCUAGAGUUAAAUAACGUUAUCCAGUUCUUCGCACUUCGCUGCACAUACGAAAGUAAAUCUUAAAGUAGCGAGCCGUGUAGUCGUAUGUCCCUCAUGAAGGUACCCCAAACACACACGUAGAAACGUGCACAUGGUGCUGUAGCAUUUUUUCCUUACUGGAACAUAUCGAAACGUGUGUAUUUGGCGCCAAACAUGCGUUUCAUUCCUUUUUUUGUCUUCCUCCUUUCCAAGCUCUGAGACACAAAACUCGGUGGCGUUGCAAUGAAUAGAAUUCGAACGCGUCCUUUUUCCGUUUCCUGCAUCCGUGAGAGGAUUCUCGUGUAAGUAGCAAUGUUAUCGAGCUUAAACAAACUGGCGAAGAUACGAGACAUGUACACACGAUGCAGAGAUGCAUAGACAUUUGUAUUUUAACGAAAACAAUAUUAUUUGUUGGUGCGAGGAUAUAAUGGAAACUUGUACUUUCCUGAGGAAGCUAGAGAUUGUUUAAAUAAAAAAAAUUUAUAUCAAA